AGCAUUUCCUUGCUAUUUUGCAUGACCAGUCCGCCAGUCCAGCUCCUUGGAUUUCUCAAGGUUUAGGCGGCUAUUUUUUUUUUUUUUUUUUUUUUCGCAUUUCCAACGCCCCAUUUGCAUUGAAAGGAGUUUGUUCCAUAUUUCCUUGGGAGCAAGACGUCACAUGGUCUGUCGAUGCAGGUUCAGCGCUGUCUUUUCUCUAGUCUUUCAGCAUUGUCGUGCAUUGGAAGGAGUUUGUUCUGGUCAGAAAAAGUCAUGAGAUAUGAUACCCCGCGGACAAGACAUCAUAAGGUCGGUCGAUGCGUUUGCAUUGGAAGGAGUUUGUCAGCGGUUGGAAGAGUUGGAGUGGACAAGACGUCACAUGGUCUGUCGGUGCACUUAGAGCAGCAUCGGAAUGAGUUUGUCCACGUUAGAUAAUGAAGAGUCGAGGGGCCCAGGACAAGACAGCCCAAGGUCUGUCGAUGCAGGUCAUGCUUUC